AUAAAUGUUUUAUUACGUUAGUUUAUGUACAGUAUUAAUAUUAUUAUAGUAUUAUUUACAAUAGUUUAUCGAAAUAUUUUUCACAAUUUCUUUUAUACUUAUUACGAUUAAUUAGUAUAAAUAUAAAUAAAUAUAAAUAUUCAAUACAUAUUAAUACAUAAUAAUAAACAUGAUAUUUAACUUUACAUUUAAUUAUUUAUAAUACAACGAAAAUUAAAUUAUAAAUUACAUAUUUAUAUUACAAUGUAAUAUUUUACACGAACGCACAAGAGCCACGUGUCCAUGAUAUUAUCUAUGCCUGGACGUACAUAUACGCGACAUCAUUGAAAUAAUUCGCUACGUGUGAAGUAUUUAUUUUUUUUUCUAAAGUUUUCUCCUCUCCUUAAUCACGAUAAAUUGUAGAAUUGUUAUUUAACUCAUCGUUUUAUUUAUGUAACCAUUUGAAAAAAACAGAUUAUACAUAUAAAAAAAUAUACAUAAUUUUUUUUUUUAAAUAUACGCCAUGUGACGUUUUACUUUAAAAUUAUCACUUUACGUCUUAACAUAUAUGCGGGUAGCAAUGUUAAUUUUAAUAUUAUUGCUUUUUAAACUAAACAUUAUGUAAUUUAUAUAACAAUAUUCAAUAUGUAUAUAAUAUUAAUUAUAUACGAAGGAAAAGAAAAGCAAAAUUUUUAAUAAUAUAUUCUAUAAAUUCUAUCUCAUGAAAGAUAUUUAGAUAAGAUUUCCGAAGAUUUUAAAGAAAUUUGGACGAAAUGAUGGAAAACAUUAUCGUUUUUUAUAACGAAAGAUGUAAAAUUAGGAUAUCUUGCUAUUUUAUAGAUACUAUUUAUUUUUCUUCAAAUAUUUAAGUGAUUUUUAUAUGAUAAUACACAAAACAUUGUUUAUAUAAAUUAUAUUAAAAAUUAAAUCAUGCGAUUCAAGCUUGUAUUAAUUUUUCUGAUGAUUAAAUUGUUUAAUAUUUAUAUUUGUGAUCAAACUGAAAGAUCAUGGCAACCAGAUUAUUUUAAAUCUUCUGGGAGACAGUAUAAACAAAAAAGGGAUACAGAAUUAAUAUCAGAACAAGAUGAUCCACUUUUAAUAUUUUCUACAUUAGAUGGUUCGUUGAUCGGUAUAAAACAACGUUCUGGAAAUGUACUUUGGCGACAAAAUGAUGCAUUCAUUACAGAACCAAUUGUCAAGGUGCCAGUUGAACUUGGAAGAACUUCCAUGCCAAUGUUUUUACCAGAUCCAAAGGAUGGCUCUUUAUAUGUGUUUGGAACAGAAACCGAAGCUUUAAAAAAAUUACCAUUUACCAUUCCACAACUUGUGGCAAAUAGUCCUUGUCGAAGUAGCGAUGGAAUAUUAUAUACCGGUAGAAAAAUUGAUACUUGGUUUGGCAUCGAUCCUAGAACUGGUCAAAGAGAACAACUUCUAGGAUUUGAUAAAGUUAAAAAUACUUGUCCUGUAGAAAUGCAAAAUGCUGUUUUCAUGGGACGUACAGAAUAUAGUAUUAUUAUGGUGGAUAGUAAACAGAAGAAUCGAAAAUGGAAUGUUACAUUUUAUGAUUAUUCCGCUACAAAGAUGGAACCUGAAGGAAUAGAAAAUUAUGAUUUAGUUCAUUUCGCGACGAGUUCAACCGGACGAAUAGUCACUGUAGAUAGAAAAUUGGGAAUUAUUUUAUGGGAACUAGAUGUACAGAGUCCUGUGAUAGCAGUAUACAUCGUAAGAGAGGAUGGAUUGUUAACAGUUCCCUUUACCAGCGUUGCAGAUGAAACUUUAAAUCUCAUUUUAAAACGUUUUGCAAACAAACCGAGCGAUAUUCAAUUAUUCCCAACAUUAUAUAUCGGCCAACACAGACACGGAUUGUAUGCCUUACCAUCUCUCGUUGAUUUAACAACAGCUACUAUAUCAAAUAAUAUUGGUCAAUUAUUGCUCGAAGGUCCAUUAUCAGUUCCACAAUUAGGAAAAAAUGAUAAUGGAAAUGUACCCUUGUCUAAUACAUAUAACAAUGAAUAUCAGGCAGUUAUAACGUUAGGUCAUUAUGAAAUACCAGCUGAAUAUAAAUUACAAGAACCACAACCACUUCAAAUUACCGGUCGAUCCGAUCCUGUGAUUGAAACAUUACCUUUACGAUAUUCAAAUUCUACAAAACAAUUAUUAUUCAGUUUACAAGAUGAUGAAAAAUCUAGCAAUGAUACAAGUAACGAAUCAUGGCGUGAAUUUAUGCAGAAUGUUUAUACAAUGGGCAAGAAUUGGUUCAGCCAACAAGAAAACAAAGGAUUAAAAUUAACAUUAAUCGUACUAUUAGGAUGCAUACUAGUAAUGUUUUGGUAUUUAAACGCACAAUUCAAGGAAUUUCAACAAUUGUCUCAGGGUUCCCGAGAAAAUAAUAGUACCAGUGAUUAUUAUGGAACACGAUCGAACGCACUUGUAGUUCCAGAAGAUAUGGGCGAAGGAAUAGUAAAGGUUGGAAAGAUAACUUUCGAUACCGGACAAGUUUUGGGUAAAGGAUGCGAGGGAACUUUCGUUUAUAGAGGUAAUUUUGAUGGACGAUCCGUAGCUGUAAAGCGUUUGUUACCAGAUUGCUUUACGUUCGCCGAUCGAGAAGUAGCGUUACUCAGAGAAUCGGAUGCGCACGCAAACGUUGUGCGAUAUUUUUGUACCGAGCAAGAUAGAAUGUUUAGAUAUAUCGCAUUAGAAUUAGCCGAAGCAACUUUACAAGAUUACGUGGCAGGAAAGUACGAUAAAAAAAAAAUAUCGGCAAAAAGUAUUCUACGACAAGCUACAUCAGGAUUAGCUCAUCUACAUCUUCUUGACAUCGUGCACAGGGAUAUAAAACCGCACAAUGUGUUAUUAUCGACUCCGGGACCUCGUGGAGAAGUGAGAGCUAUGAUAUCGGAUUUUGGGUUAUGCAAAAAACUUCAAUUGGGUCGCGUAUCUUUUUCACGUAGAUCAGGUGUAACAGGAACGGAUGGUUGGAUCGCGCCAGAAAUGUUAAAUGGAAAUAGAACGACUUGUGCUGUGGAUAUUUUUUCUCUCGGUUGCGUUUUUUAUUAUGUUCUUUCUAACGGAAAACAUCCAUUUGGAGAUCCGUUACGACGACAAGCUAAUAUUCUUUGCGGAGAAAAUGAUUUAACAGCUCUGCACGAUGAAAUUUCUCAAUAUGACAAAGAAUUGGCGUUAAUACUUAUAAAAGCAAUGAUCGCAAACAAUCCAUCAGAACGACCUCCGGUUAUGGCUGUUCAUGAUCAUCCAAUAUUUUGGGAACCUGCUAAAAUCCUUGGAUUUUUUCAGGAUGUGAGCGAUCGAGUAGAAAAGGAAGAAACGAGCAGUCCGGCAUUAGUCGCAUUAGAAUUUGAAUGCAAUCGUGUGGUACAAGGAGAUUGGAGAUUGCUCAUCGAUGUAGAAGUUGCAACCGAUCUUCGAAAAUACAGAAGUUAUAGAGGUGAAAGUGUUAGAGAUCUGCUGAGAGCAUUGCGAAACAAGAAGCAUCAUUACAGAGAAUUAAGUCAGCAAGCUCAAGAAAGUCUUGGAUAUAUUCCUGACAAGUUCACCGAAUAUUGGCUUUCUAGAUUUCCCUCUUUGCUUUCGCACGUUUGGUGCGCUAUGCAAACUUUCCGUAACGAGCCAACAUUAAGAGAUUAUUAUCAUGCCGAUUACACAUUCGCAAUUAUCAGCGAAGGAGAAUCUUUACAGAUUAAGAGUACACAUCCAUCAAGUUAUAUUUCUUGCAAAGUUCAAGAUAAUAUCGAUUGGAGUCCAAAUAGGACGAGAUACCGAACUCAAAGAAAAAAGUACGAGAAAAAAAAACUUGAUAUUCCAAUUGCUUGGACCUUACCUUCGAAUUAGAGACAGAAUUUUAAACUAAGAAGUUUAGAGACACUAUUAUUAUAGUGUUUUACGAACCGAUGUACGUGUUGUAUAUAUACAUUAAGAAAAAAAUGAACGAACGAAUAUUUUAAAAAUUAUAACGCGCUCAAAAGUAUCGAACAUCGCUGAAAACUACUAAACGAUGUAGAAAAUUUAAAAUAUUUGUAAAUAUUAUGCGAUAUUAUUGUAGUAAAAAAAAUUUGUAAAAAAAAAACAAAAAAAUAAAAAAAAGAAUAACGUUAUAAUAAAAUAAGAAAAUAAUUAACCAAAAAAAAAAAAAUCUAAACACAAAGUUCGAACAGUUUCAACGAUACGUGAUAAAAUAUUUUAAUCAUGCAUAUCGAACGUAAAGGAAGUCCAAAGAUAUAUUUUUUUUCUUUUCAUUUCUUUUCCCAUUAAAGAGACAAAAGAAAUUUAUCUUUUAAUCUUUUGCGAUACAAACAAUAAGUUUUACAUGUACAUAUCAACGAUGCGUAUACCAAUUUUCAAUUUAUACAUAACAUGCGCAUAUAAUUUAUUCUAAAUAUUUAUAUAUAUACAAUUACACAUACGAUUUUCCAUUAUCCCUUCACUUAUUUCACCGACAAUAUUUAACAAUGCGCACAUUUAUUUUAAGAUAUGUAAUUAGAAAAAUAUUUUUCAGGUACACUGAAUCUCGUUAAUCGCGAGAAUUUAUCAAUGUAAUAUAUAAUAACAAAAUCUGUCUUUUAUUCCCGCCUGAUAUCGCGUGGAUUAAUACACAUAUAAUCAUUCGAUUUAUCAUUUGUUUCGAACUUGGACUAGAGCGAACUAUCGAAAUUUGAAGUAAUAUUAUUAGAUUCGUACAAAAACUCGUUCAUUUUUUUUUUAUUUUUUUUUUCAGAUCGAAAUAGAAAAAAACGUUUUAUUUUAUAAUAUCUUUUUCACAAUAUCAGCGAUCGAUCGAUCCGCAAAAAAAAUGCAACAAAAAAAGCGUGAGAAAAUAUUUCGUAAUAUUGUGUAUUUCGUCAAUAAAAAUGUGCGAUAUAUUUUUACUUUUACUAAGAAAUUAAUGAAAAAUUUAGAUCUAUAAAAAAAAACGAACUUUUGUACCGAUUAAUAACGUUCCAGAUAACGAAAAUAAAUGAAAAACUUAUUUCGCUUUAAUAAAAAAUGUAACGAGUAAGUCUGUAAUAAGAUAGAUAGUUGAGAAUAUCAACUCGAUGUUCGUGUAUUGUUUACACGUAUUAAUACGUGUGAUAUAUAUAUCACAAUAUGUGUACAUAGUUUAAAUUGUAAAAAUCAAUGCUCAUUGAUCGUUAUAUGAAAUUAUGAGAAAUUUAUCAAACAAAAAUAUUUUCAAUUAUCCCAUUCAAGAAA